AACUUUGAAAACUGCAGUUGUGUUGGUGAUAUUUUAUCUGUACUCAAAAUAAAAAGCACCCGAGGAUUUACCAAAAUGCUCUCUCAGAAAACUGUUCCGUUAUUGGAAAGUUUCGAAACAUAUUGUCGAGAAGAUGACGGUCUCCAUUCAAGGGUAAAGAGAUUAUCCAGAGAUGCGAUUCGAAAAUCUAUCAGCGAAGACUCAUCUACGAACUGGGAAAACUUAAAAUUUGACCAUACGUUUCGAAGACGAGAAUCCGACGCCAGCAGCAUGCUGACAGAAGAUACCGACAGUUUCAUUGUUGGCGAUCGCGUAUGGGUUGGUGGUAGUAAACCAGGAGUAAUUGCAUUCAUUGGGGAGACCCAAUUUGGACCCGGGGACUGGGCUGGAGUCGUUUUAGACGAACCGAUUGGUAAAAAUGACGGAUCCGUAGCCGGUAUAAGAUAUUUUCAAUGCCCACCGAGUCGUGGUAUUUUCUCAAGAUUGAGCCGAUUAACAAGAUACCCCGUUGAUCCGAGUCAGGCGUAUAAACUGCUCAAGAUGCAGGUAAAUCCGGAACCGAAGUCAACUUUGGCCAAUUCACCCACCAGUUCUAUAUCUUCUCGAGUUCAAUUACCCUACAGCUACGGGAGUAUUGCCAAUUCGACCGGAGCUGAUAUAAGAAUCGGCGAUAGGGUGAUUGUGCAAAGUAGCCAUGGUUCGAAAGCGGGCAUUUUAAGGUACUACGGAAAUACUGAAUUUGGAGCCGGAUUAUGGUGUGGUGUUGAACUGGACGAUCCAUUGGGAAAAAAUAAUGGCUCGGUGGCUGGUGUAAGAUACUUCGACUGUGCUCCGAAGUUCGGUCUGUUUGUGCCGGCUGAAAAAGUCAGUCGAUCACCGAUUGGGAACAAGAAGGCGUCGUGCGUUAUUCAUCCUGAUGGAAUGACGAGUACCUCGACUGCUAAGAGUAAUUCUCGGAAAACAACACCGAGAUCUUCUAUAUCGUCAUCUCUUACAUCCACAGUUCAAGCACCUAAAUCUCCACUACAGGUUCGAGUUGUAAAAGUGUACUAUCCCGAUUGGGAGUCGGACUACUAUUAAUUUGACCACCGAAUUCAGUAUUUUUUUCAAUUAGAAGUUACCUAAUUUAUAAGCAUUAAAUUCACAAUAUUAUUUAUUUUAUUCACCACUUAAUUAUUUGAAUGUAUCGAUUUAAAUGUAAUGUAUUUAAAUUUUUUCAGUUCAAAUAAAUGUUAAUUUUUGUGUA